GGUUAUAGGUUAGUUUUCUCUUGCUUUUGUUUUGCUUUCCGCGUCAUUUCCAGUUAUUUGCAAUUUUUUCCUCAAAACUCCCUUCGAAAGUACCUAAAAGAUGGAUCAAUGUGCGGGAGAUUUCUUAGGAAGUCCCACAAUAUCUGAUUCCAGUGAUCAAAAGAGACGCAGCUCGUCCCGGUCGAUAAAGCGUAAGAGAUUUGACGAUGAGAUUGUAGAGUACAGCUUGGGGUUGACACCGACCCAGAUGAAUCGUGUAGCACGUGCCCGGACACAGUCACAAUCAUACGUUGGUUCAGCUUCGGCAUUCACGGAAAUGGUACCUUCGCCAGUUCCCGUGUCAGCACCAGUGGCCACAGUUUCUAUUCCACAAACGCAAAUGGUGGCUACGGUGACUCCGGUCAUGAGUGCGCAACCACAGGCUCCACCUCCGGUGCCCAGGGAACAUCCCGUGGGGGGCUCAGCGGAAAAGAGACGCACACUGAAGAGUUCAAAGAAGAAUCGUCGCUCUCGGGGUUCUCAUCAAGUCUCCACGAAGGAUCUCGGUCGGUGGAAGCCAAUCGAUGAUUUAGCACUCAUAAUUGGCAUCCAGCAGACAAAUGACCUCAAGAUGGUACACAGAGGCACCAAAUUCUCAUGCAAAUUCACCGUACAGGAGCUCCAGGCUAGAUGGUAUUCACUCCUGUACGAGGAAUCCAUCUCCCGGAUUGCCGUGGCAGCCAUGAGGAAUCUACAUCCGGAAUUGGUGGAGAAUAUCCAAAGUAAGGCGCUCUAUACGACACAGGAAGAGGAUCUUUUGGGCACCAUAAAGAGUACGGCAAAUCCAACUUUGGAGACUUUCCAGGAGCUUCUGGACAAGAAUCCAGCUAUUUUCUAUCCAGCACGUACAGCAAAGUCCCUCCAAACGCAUUGGAAUCUCAUGAAGCAAUACACCCUGUUGCCAGAUCAGGUGGCUCAGCCACCGAGUAGGGAAUCAAUGACCUUCUCAGACACCGAGGAGCUCAUUAAUGAUGCCGAAUUGGUUGAUCUGCGUGAUGAGGCUUUGGAGAUUGAGCUUGCUUUGGCUGAUCGACGCAAUAAGCGUGAAAUUCGGCAACUGGAGAAUGAAUUGUCUCGCUGGACAGUGUUAGUGGACUCCCUGGCGGGUAUUGGAUUCACUCCGGAAUUCGACAAAGAGACUCCAGCUGUGCUACGGGGACGCCUCGUGCGCUAUCUCAUGCGUUCCCGGGAAAUUACCGUGGGACGCUGCACAAAGGACUUCACGGUGGAUGUGGAUUUGAAGCUGGAGGGUCCAGCACACAAAGUUUCCCGGAAGCAGGCAACAAUCAAGCUACGAAGCAAUGGGGAUUUCUUCAUGACGAAUGAAGGCAAGAGGGCGAUCUACGUGGAUGGGAAUCCAUUGCUAAAUGGCGCCAAGACGCGUCUCAACAAUAACAGUGUCAUUGAGGUAAAUUCUUUACAAUGCCGUUCCGUUUCAAGAAUCACAACCGCUGAUAUUUUCCAAUUUUCUUUAGCUCUGUGGCCUGAGGCUAAUCUUCCUGAUUAACUACGAUCUCAUCAAUGCCAUUCGGCAGGAGAGCGCCAAAAUGAACAUCCCUCUCACAUAGGUGGGAUGAUGAUGGAACCAUUUAUAAGGACCUCAAAUCUUCAAUAAUAUUAUUUGUCUUCUUUGUUUCCACAAAAUCACUAAACACUUAUAGAGAAUAAAAUACAAUGUAUACACAAA